AAAUUACAUCUACACCCAACCAUUCCACUUUGUUUGAGGGGAUGGCACUGGACUUCGCAGCUGGGUGCGCAGGAGGUGCUGCAGGUGUUUUGGUUGGACAUCCAUUUGACACUGUAAAGGUGAGGCUUCAGGUUCAAAAUGUGGACAAACCUUUGUACCGGGGGACGUUUCACUGCUUUCAGUCAAUCACACGCCAGGAAUCGAUGCUGGGUUUAUAUAAGGGUAUCGGCUCUCCCAUGAUGGGGCUGACGUUCAUCAACGCCAUUGUUUUUGGUGUCCAAGGUAACGCCAUGCGGCACCUUGGUCGCGACACGCCUCUCAACCAGUUCCUGGCUGGAGCUGCAGCUGGAUCCAUUCAGUGCGUCAUCUGCUGCCCAAUGGAGCUGGCCAAGACACGCAUGCAGAUGCAAGGGACUGGAGAGAAGAAGUCCAAGAAGAAGAUGUACAAGAACUCCCUGGACUGCCUGGUGAGGAUCUACAACAAGGAGGGGUUCAGAGGGAUCAACCGUGGCAUGACCACCACCCUUCUGCGCGAGACGCCGGGCUUCGGCGUGUAUUUCCUCGCAUACGACGUGCUGACGCGUUCGUUGGGCUGCGAGCCUGAAGACCCCUACAUGAUCCCAAAGCUGCUGUUUGCCGGUGGGAUGUCGGGCAUCGCCUCCUGGCUCUCCACCUACCCCGUGGACGUGAUCAAGUCGCGUCUGCAGGCAGACGGUGUCGGGGGCGUCAACAAGUACAGCGGCAUUAUGGACUGUGUCAGACAAAGUUUACAGAAAGAAGGGUGGCGAGUUUUCACUCGUGGACUCACGUCCACGUUGCUCCGGGCUUUUCCAGUGAACGCCACCACGUUUGCCACGGUGACUUUGUUUUUAAUGUACAUGCGACAGGGGGAAGAAUGUAGCAUCCAGAUGUCUGAGCCUCAGUGUGUCCAGCUGCAGCCCCUGCAGCAACAGACGCAGCCAACCAGCAUGUAGACGCUGCGCAGCAGUCGGUGUCAUUAAACUCGUCCGUUUAGUAUAUAGAGCAUCUAAUGCAGGUCUGUGAUCUGUUCACUGGCGUUUCGAAGAACUGCUGGCUGUUGGUACACAUCUGUUCAGGUGGAGCUUCAGCCACUUGUGGUAUUUAAAGAAUAUAUAUAUAUUUUAAGCUAAAAGCUGCUUUUGUAUAUAUGGUUUCUUUUGAACCACAGAUAUGUUUUGUACAUAGUGACUUUUUAGUAUAUUAGGA